AUGCAGGUCAAAACAACUAGUGUAACAGCAGUAUCCGCAUCAUGUAUCAUUUAUCCUACAACAACCCAUCGUGGUAAUAUAAAUACAGCAAUUAAAUUAAAUUAUUUAACAUGGAUUACAGCCUUUAUAUUAGCUAGUCCAUUGGUUUAUUUUUCACAUAUUACUCAAUUAAAUCAUUUACAAUGUACUGAAAAAGCUAAUAAUCCUACAAUACAAAAAUUAAAAGUAUUUUAUUCCUUAGCUGCAUUAAUUAUACAAUAUAUGACACCAUUAAUAAUUGUUAUUAUUGUAUAUUAUCGUAUUUGUUUAAGUAUACGUGAUCGUAAAUUAAGGGCAAUUCAAAAAAUAUGCUUAUCACAAAUUAUACAUAAACAAAUUCAUGAACAAUAUCAUAAAGAAGAAAAUAUAUUAUAUACAAAAGAGAAUAGAAUUCCCUAUACUAAAACACAGAUUCACCCCCACCACCAACACUACCCCCAUCUCCAACCCCACCCACACAAUUAUAAUGAUAAUGUUUAUUGUUUAAAUAAUAAUCAACAAAUUAAUAAAUCACCACAGAAACAAGAUAUGAUUUUAUCCCCUAUACCAACGAUAUCUAUAACAUCACAAAAAGAAGCAAUUGAUCGUAGACAUCGUAAAGCUAUUAUAUUAUCCACAGUAAUUGCUAUUAUAUUUUGUUUAAGUUGGUUACCAAUUAAUACAAUGAAUGUCAUAAGUGAUAUACGUGAAUUAAUUAUUAUAAGUAGUAUUGAUAUAGCAAUUAAAAAUUUGAAAAUUAAUGAAUAUGAUCAUAGCAACAACAAUAAUAGUAAUAGUAAUAAUACAAGAGAUAGUGAUAUAACUAUCGCAUCGGAUUCAAUGAUACAACAUUCAACAACCAAUUUAAAAGCAAUUAAUCAAAUUAUGAGUAUUGAAGCUAAUAAUAUUAAUGCUAUCACAGUCAUUAUAACACAAGCAUUAUGUUUAUUAUUAAUAUUAAGUUCAGCUUGUUUAAAUCCCAUAUUAUAUGGUUGGUUAAAUAAAACAUUUCGUAUGGAAUUUUAUCAAGUAUUACGUAUUCAUUCAUCUCUAUUACAUAAUAUGAAAUCAUCUAAUAAAAAUAAUUCAUUGGAUAUAAGUAUAAAUAAAAAUCAUUUAAAUCAUGAUAAUGAUUUGAUUGAGAAAACAAUUGAAGAAAACCUAGAUCAUCACCAUCAUCAUCAUCAUCAACAUCAGCAACAACACCACCACCACCAACAUCAUCACCAUCACUAUCAUCAUGGUGAACAGCCUCAGCAACAACAACAACAACAUCCUUAUCAAUUAUCAAAUGAUCAUAUGAAUAAAGUAAGAAUUGAAUAUAAUAGAUCAUUAACACCAACACAAGAUUCAUGUACUUUAUUUUCAUUAUUUACAUCAAAAUCAAUUGAAUUGAAUUCAACGCCAAAUUCAACGCAUAGUGGUAGUAUUAACAAUACUCCUAAAAAUUCCAUUACUAAUACUAACUAUAGUAUGAAUAAUAAUAAUAGUAAUGGUAAUGAUUUCUUGAUGAAAUAUAUUCAAUUGAAGAAUGAUGAAUUAUUCAAUGAAGAUCAAAUUUCAGAAAAGAUCAUUCAUGAACGUGAAUUCUAUCAGAAAUUAGAUCUAGAUCAUCAUUUAAUUAAUAUUACUAAUACUAAUAUAAAUAAGGAUACAAGAAGCUGUUUUGUAUUGAAUAGUAAUGACAAGGAUAACGAUGAUGAUGAUGAGGAUGAUGAUGAAUGUGAUGUGAUUCCAGAGACAGAUAGUAAUAUUGAUUUAGCAAAUCUUAGAUAUUUACCAGAUAUAACGUCGAUUUAA